AUGCCAGCAAGACCGCAAGUCAGGCUAGGGCAAUUAGCCCUGCCUUUGCGGCCCCGGCCAACCGCCUCGCCGCUCAAUGCCUCGUCCUCGCCUCGCCAUGCGGUCCUCGCCGCAGCACGACAACCACAGCAGCUCCAGCAGCAGACCCGAGGCAUCAGGUCCAUCGUCGCGCACCCGUCGCCCACCGACCGCUUCAACCGCGGGCCCAACAUGCGCGUGCUGGGCGCCUCGUCGACGGCGGCGCUGGCGCGCAAGGAAUACACGACGCCGCUGCGGACGGGGGCGCUGGCGGUCAAGAAGGGCAUGACGGCGCUGUACGACCCGGAGACGGGCGUGCGCACGCCGUGCACGGUGCUGCAGCUCGACCGCUGCCAGGUCGUCGCGCACAAGACGCGCGACCGCCACGGCUACUGGGCCGUCGCCAUCGGCGCCGGCUGGAAGCACCCCAGCAACGUCACGCGCCCGCUGCUGGGCCACUUCGCGGCGCAGGGCGUCAGCCCCAAGCGGUGGGUCCGCGAGUUCCGCGUCCGCGACGAGAAGGGCCUCCUGGCCGUCGGCGAGGUCGUCGGCGCCGAGUGGUUCAAGGAGGGCCAGUUUAUAGAUGCUAGGGCGGAUAGCAGGGGUAUGGGUUUCGCGGGUGGUAUGAAGCGUUGGGGCUUCAGUGGUCAGCCCGCCUCCCAUGGUCAGUCGCUCACUCACCGUGUGAUGGGUUCGUCCGGUGGUUCGCAGGGCUCUGGUUCGAGAGUGUUGCCUGGCAAGCGCAUGCCUGGUCGUAUGGGAGGCGAGCGUGUUACCGUGCAGAACCUCAAGGUCCUGAAGGUUGAUCCCGAGAAUGGAAUCGUCGUUGUCAACGGUGCCGUUUCUGGCCCGAAGGGAUGCAUUGUCCAGAUCCAGGAUGCCAUCAAGAAGCCGUGGCCCGAUGUUCCUCUUAUCACUUCGACAAAGCCAACGGAGCAAUCUGCUACCGCCUAA